AAUCAGCGGAACAACAGCACACUUCAACUCACCUCACCGCCCCCUCAACCCGGGCGCUGCCAUUAGAAAGUGAUGCUAAUGAUUUAAAGAUUAGUUGCAAUCGAUUUUCGAGAACCCCUCUGCAAAACGGGGAACCGAGGAGUUUCAGAAGGAGGUUGCAGCCGAACCGAGCGAACGCAAGAUGAACCCCGACCGGAACAGCCGGAAGUAUCGCUCCGGAAACAAUCUGUACAGCGACGAUGAGCUGGAAUUGUCGUCGUCCCAGGUCCUGGAGAAGGUGAAGCCGGACCGGGUAACUUCCACCAAGCCGGACGAGGACCGACGCCGGCGUACGAUCAUCGUGGAGAAGAAGAACGGCUCGUACGGCUUCACGCUGCAGAGCUACGGCAUACACUACAAGAAGGAGCAGGAGGUCGAGGUGAUCACGUACGUGGACUACGUCGAGUACGAUGGCCCUGCGUACCGGGCCGGUAUGCGCGAGGGGGACGUCAUCCUUUCGAUCAACGGCUACGACAUGGAGAAAGCCGAACACAAGGAUCUGGUCAACUUUAUCAAAAACUGUGAUAAUCGAAUGCGCAUGGUGGUACUGUUCGAAGACUGCUGUCGGAAGGUGGAACUACACCUGAAGUACAUCCAGCUGCAGGAUCUGCUCAAAAGCAAGAUGGCCGACCUGGAGCGGAUCUGUUUGCGCGAGCGCGAACUGCUGGAAGGCAAGUGGAAAACGCACAGCCUGCCGGCCCGCAAGAAAGCGACGGCCACUUCCACCGCCGACGAUGCUGAUCCCGGCUCGACCACGGACGUCGAGUCUGGCGGCUCCGGGCCCUCGUUUUGCCGGCCGGCCGCCUCCACCGAGGACGUGAAGAAGCUACUCCGGCAGAAAACGUACAUCGUACCGCCACCGGCACAAUUUAUGCUGGCCUAUCAUUGCCUGGACAGUAACUACCGUUACGUGAUCCAUCCCUCGCAAGCAGGCACGUGUGACGCAGCCAGCGGCACCGAGUACUCCACCUGUGCGCAGCAACCCCAGGGCAACCCAACAGCGGCCAAACUUUGCAAGGACCAUCAGCAUAUGAUGCGUGGCUCCUCCCUAGACAGUAGCUCCCUGGGCGGUGGCUGCAAACAGCAGCAGCAGCAGCAGCAACAGUCCUCGCCAACGAAAAGUCUUCACAAUUACGACACCAAAGCGUCAUCGGGCAAAUCGGGGUCCGGGUCGCGUCGCAGCGGCCAUCUGCACGGCCACUCGUGCAACCCGUGCAUGGGCCACUUUCUGCGCAGCAGCAGCAGCGGCGAUAAGGGGCGCGGCGGUGGCGCCGACAAGGAUAACACCAGCCUGGAUGCGUACGAUCUGGCCAGCCCGUGCUGCGAUCCACAGUGUGUUCCGUCGCGGCGCAAGUCGAAGCACCACAAGGACCACCACCACAAGCACAAACACCGCGACCGGGAGGGCAAGGAAUCGGGCGGGAAGGAUCGUAUACCGCGGCCAAAGUCACAGCCACACAUUUCACCACAGCAGCAGCAGCAGCCGCAGCAGCAGCAACAUCAGUCCCACACACAGUCGAACUAUCUGUAUCGACACAAAGAUAAGCACGAUCAUCACCACACGAAAGUGUACGAUCUAAACGCUAGUCUCGCCAGCCACUGUAGUCUGCACUCCUGCACGUCGAGCGAGUUCAACCCGGCGGCCGAAAACUCGCCCGCCUCCUACAGCACCUCCAUCAGCACCGACACGCUCUACUGGGAGCCGCACAGCGAGUCGACCACCGUGUCCGCGUCCGGUUCGCUCCACAAGAAACCGCCGGCCGGGAGCGGCUCCACCACCAGCGCUGCACUCGUCCCGCUCGGUAGCGGUGGUGGCCGGCCACCGCACACCCACCAGCACCACUACUACAUCCAGAAGUACGUCCAUCCGCAACACCACGCCGGCUUGGCUGGGCAACAGGGGGGCCAGCAGCAACUUGCCAUCUAUCCACCGCCACCGCCACUGCCCGCCACCGUACACAAGCCCAAAUCGUGGGACAAUCUGGCGAUGAAGGGUUACGGUGGGUACGGGUACGGGUACGGCUAUCUCGAGGUGGGCGCUAAAGCAGCUGCUGCGGCAGCGGCCGCCGCCGCCGCCACCACCGCCAACCUGCCGACGGCAACGCGCACCCAGACCACCAUCACCAUCCAGCACCGGAACUCGAUCCCGAAGCGGAACGGCUACGAGCGGUACUCGGCGUUUGUCGACGUGGAAAACUAUGCGCCCCCGCCGACCCAGUUCCUGCAGGAAACGACCACCACGACCACCACGAUCACGACGAAAUCGACGGAGAAUCUGCUCGGCGGCCCGUACAACCGGUCCGACUCCAGUCUGUCCUGCGAGUGUCUCGAGACGGCCCCGCUCACAGGUGGUACAGGAACGUCCGGCGCCGGGCUGGUGGAACACGUGCACGACAAAGCGGGCUACUAUUCGACUCUAGCUGGUGGUGGUGGUGGUGCGUCCGGCUCGGGCAAAAAAUCCAAUCCCAACCUCACCGAGAUUGCCCGUCUUUAAGCAGGGACCGGCACUAAGGGGACGCCCAUUUUGGGGGGGCGUGUGGAAGGAUGUUUUUGAAACAUUAGUCACACAUGCAGCAUUUUAAAUUGCAAUCUGGUACUGGGGGAAGGAGAGAUAGUAGCGGCUCAAGCUUAAAGGCAAUCUCAGGCAUAACCCGGGUAGUGUGUGGCGGUUUAAAUUAGAUGUUGAACAUUUUGUAACAUUUAAUUAGCAAAGCACACUGAAGGACGCGACAGAUACGCGUGUAUGGGGGACACUGUGUAACAGCAGCAGCAGCUUUUGCAAUGCCAAUAUUAUCCUUAAUUCGCCGUUGUUUCCACUUUACUAUAGGUUAUAGAGAAGCGUUGCGCGUAUGGCGCUGCGAUAAAUUACGUAGAAAAAAAAACAAACAAACACACACACACACAGAUAGAGGGCGGCUUGGUACAAUCGUUUUCUUCCAGACAGUUCAGAAAGUUCCAAAAGGUAGUGUGCUAAUAUAGGAGCAGGAGCAGCAGCACCAGCGCUUAGCAGCAAGAGGAAAGAGUUCCUCCUCUUUAUGGGGUGUUUUUUUUUAAUUUUGCAAAAGAAGCAAA